AUGGGGAAGGCUGCCCAUGUUCGACCGAGAUGCUUCUUCGACAUCACGAUAAACGAGGUCGACGCUGGACGAAUAAUUUUCGAAUUGCACGAUGACAUCGUCCCCAAGACCGUCGCGAAUUUCCGCGCUCUCUGUAGCGGAGAUGCUGGCAUUGGAAAGACGACCAAUAAAGUUCUUCAUUACAAGGGCUCGAUUUUCCACAGAGUUGUUAGAAAUUUCAUGAUCCAGGCUGGAGACUUUUCUGAAAACACGGGACGCGGUGGCGAGUCAAUCUACGGCGGCUACUUUGACGAUGAGAACUUCAAACGCAAGCACGAUCGUCCCUUUCUUCUAUCAAUGGCGAACCGUGGCAAGAACACCAACGGAUCCCAGUUUUUCAUCACCACUCAGACAGCCAGCCAUCUUGACGGCCUUCACGUCGUCUUUGGCGAAGUUAUCUCCGGCCAAGAAGUCGUGAAAAAGAUUGAGAGACAGCCGACGGAUCAGAAAUCGAAGCCUUACAAUCCAUGCAUGAUUGCUAAUUGUGGAGAGCUUGUUCUGAUGAAGAAAAGCAAGAAAAUUGACGCUGAUGAUUUGACAUCUUCUUCAGAGUCUGACAGCUCCUCCGAUUCGAGCUCUUCUGGCUCCGACUUGGAAGAAAUCCGGCGAUUCAAAAAACGUCAAAAGAAAUUGAAAAAGAAACAGAAGAAAGCGAAGAAGAAGGCGAAAAAAGCCGCGAAAGAAGGACUUGUUGACCGUGGAGAUGGUGUUUUAGUGAAUUUAGCUCAAAAAUCUGAUAUUCCGUCUGAUCCGCCAAACCACUUUCUUGCUCGGGUGAUGAGUGACGAUGAAGAUGACGAAAAGAAGGCGAAGAAAAAGGUAGACAAUUCCGAACGAGAUGAGAGAAGAGAAAGGCGAGAGAGAAAAGAUGACGGUGGGCGAAAAAUUAAAGGACGAGGAGCGAACCGAAUUGACAGGGCAACCACUCCGCCUCACUGGCGCGAAGGAAACUCUGAAAGAAUUUCCAUGCGAGAUUACAAGGAGCGCGAGCAACAUCGGCUAGCAGAAGAGCGCUGGAGCAAGUCUACCCGUCAGCCAGCCAAGGAGGAGCUCGACCCACGUGUCUACGGUCGAUAUGAUGAAAAGCAGGAGGAUAGAAAGGCGCUGGAGGAGAAAUAUCGCGAAAAACAGAAAGAGAUGAAGAGAAACAGACGUCGCCGAGAGCGCGAAGAAUACUACGACCACGUAAAGCGCGAACGCUCCGACUACCGAUCUCGCAGUCGCAGUCCUCGCCGCCGCUCAAACAACUACAGCUCCAGGAACGAGUCCCCCGUGCGCGAGAGCAAGUUCAACCGAAAUCGAAGAGGCUCCGAAUCGGACAUGUCCGACUAA